AUGGCUACCAUUUCAAGACUGAGACGCAGAAGACGAAAACGGAUAUUCCUACCGCGUGUAAGCAUUGAAGAUCUGUCCGAUGAAGAUAUAUUUUCGAGGUAUCGUUUUUCGUACGAUACGUUUUUAUAUAUCGUCGAUCUUAUAAAGGCAAAAAUUUCAAGACCAACGAACAGAAACUAUUCACUAUCUCCUUUAGAACAGGUGCUUUUAACACUCCGGUUUCUGUCAACUGGUGCUUUUUUCCGGCUCAUUGGGGACUCUGUUGGAAUUUCGGAAAGCCAGGUAUCCAGAACAGUAUUCUCCGUCUGCUCGGCAAUUUCCAGUUUGGCCAGACAAUUCAUUCACAUGCCAGUGGGACAAGAAGCAAUAAGGAUAAAAUCUGAGUUUUUCAGGAUCGCAGGAUUCCCUAAUGUACUCAGCUGUAUAGAUGGCACUUUUAUAAAGAUCCAAGCACCACAUCAGAACGAAGCUGAUUUUGUAAACAGGAAAGGCUACCACUCACUAAAUGUUCAGAUGGCAUGCGACUCCAAAUACAGGAUCACAAAUGUUGUGGCAAACUGGCCAGGAUCAGUUCAUGAUGCUAGAAUCUUCAGAGGGUCAAAUAUCUGUUUUAAAUUUGAAAAUGGCAAUUACGAUGGAAUUUUACUUGGAGACUCUGGAUACCCUUGCAUGACAUUUUUAAUGACCCCUUACAGCCAUCCAUCUACACCAUCACACACAAAAUAUAAUGAUGCUUUGUGCAAGACCAGGGUAAAAAUUGAACAGACAUUUGGAAUCUUGAAAAGGAAGUUUGCUUGUCUGUCACUUGGCUUACGAGUUGAGCCUAUAAAGGCUGCCACAAUAACAUUAGCUGUUUUGCACAAUAUUGGGAUUGCCAGGAAUGAUAUUGUAGGUCUUCUUGAAAAUUAUGAGGAAAGUGACAGUAAUGGCUUAGACAGUACUACCACUGAUGGCAAUGGUAAUGCUAUGCGAGACCAUAUCAGGAUAACAUUUUCCCAGUGA